AUGUCUUUCGAUGCAGACGUCCUCGUCGUUGGUGCUGGACCUGUAGGUCUUGUCGGCGCCCUUGCGCUCGCCAUGAACGGUGUCACAGUCCGCAUAAUCGAAAAGCUUCCCGCGCUUGCCGUUGGCCAACGUGGCGCGGGUAUGCAGCCUCGUACGAUGGAGACGUAUCGCAUGCUCGGCAUUGCUGAUGAUGUGAAAGCUGUGGGCUCGAUGCUUUCACGCGUCCAGAUGUACGAUCUUGAAGGGCAUCCUACCGAAGUUGUCGACAUGAUGCAGUGGAGCAAGAAGACGCCAGGCAUACCCGAACCGGAGCCUUGGGUGCUUGGUCAGGACUGGGUGUGCAAGAUUAUCACUCGGCACCUGAAGGAACGAUUCGGGAUCGACGUCGAGUUCGGCAACGAGCUCGUCGGUAUCGAGCAGGAUGACACUGGCGCUACUGCCACCGUUCGCGCUGAUGGCGCCCAGCAGUCGACCCGUGUGAAGUAUAUUGUUGGCGCGGAUGGGGGUAAAGGGAUAACCCGUAAACUUGCGGGUGUCAGUCUGGUGAGCCAGUCGGAUGCUUUGGCCGAAUCAGUUAUCGGGGAGCUCGUGUUGAAGGGCUUUCCAACCUCUGAGUACAUGCAUCUCUUCCGUGAUGCUAAGGGAAAUGGACUCAUGGUGCGUCCGGUGCACGAAGCGCCUGGACUGUUCUUCAUCUUUGGCCAUGGUCCGAACCUCGACAUCGUUAAGGGAGCGAAGGACGUUGACUAUCUCCUCCAAUGGAUGCGCGAUGUAACGAAGCUCACAGACCUCACUGUUGAUUCAGUAGGGUCUCUGUCUGAGUGGAGGCUGAACGUACGCAUCUGCGAGAAGUUCCAAACCGGAAGGAUUCUGUUGGCCGGCGACGUCGCUCAUCUUCAUAGCCCCACUGGUGGACAAGGCCUUACUAGCGGCGUCAUGGAUGUGAGGAACUUGAGCUGGAAGAUCCCGCUCGUAUGCAAAGGUCUUGCUCCACCCAGCCUGCUCGACACCUACAGCGAGGAACGCGUCCCCGUGGUCGGCGAGAUGCUCAAAAUAACGACUAAGCUGGCCACCGCAACAUUUAAAGUCAACCCAGACCCCGACGCGUUCAAACGCCCCGCGAACUUGGGUCAGCUUGGCGUUCACUGCCGCUGGAGCUCAAUCGUGUACGACGGACUGCGCGUUGGCGAAGUGCAGUUUGAGAGUACGAACCUCGCUCCGAUGAGUACGUACGGCGGUGACGAAGGGACUCGUGUGCAAGCGGGUGAUCGUGCGCCCGAUGCGCCGGGUCUCGUUGGCACGCAAGGCGAGACGUCGCUCUUCAACAUCUUCCAUGUUGGCCGGCACACCGCUCUCAUCUUUGAUCCUUCCUGCGCCGCCGCCGUUCAUGCUGUCGUCGACAAGUACCCCAAGGAGUGCGGUAUCGACGUCGUAGUGGUGAUGCCGAAGGGCUCGGAGAAGCAGGAGGACGCUUUUGUCGACUCUCAGGGCCACGCCGCUCAUGGUUAUGGGGUGGAGGCUGGCGUCGCGGUGGCCAUUGUUCGUCCGGACGGAGUUGUAGGCGCACUGCUCAAGGCUGAAGAUGAUGCUGACCUCUAUUUCUCUCGCGUCUUCUCUGUGUGA